AUGAACCCAGAAGACGUCGACUCCUCAGCAGAAGACGCUACUGUUACAGAAGGUUCAAGCUCAUCUGAUACAUCCGAUUCUUUUGGAACGGUUAAGGACUCUUUACUAGAUCCUAUUUCUUCUUCUUCUCCACGUCAAGAUCCUUCCACUCGUCUUAAUUCUACCUCGCACGCACUCACUAUGUCUGAAUCUGUCGAACAUCGAACUUUUGGGACUCCUAUCCAAAAAUUUUCUCAGAGUAUGACAAACGCCAUGAGUAAAUACAAAGUCUCGGCAGAUCUCUCGGACGACAACCACACGGAAUGGAGUCAGUCCAUCAUGGAGGUCCUUCGGUCACUCAACCUUCAUCAGUUUGUAAAAGUAAAAGAUUACACAGACGAGGAAUUGACGCCCGAGGAAAACGAAAUUACUCGUUUUAAUGUCACCACUUACAUUCUCCAUCGACUCGAUACUGUCAAUAGUGUCCGAACUCGUAAUCGUUUGACUGAUCCAAAUGAUGCGUCCGAAAUCAUCUAUGACCCGUUUUUGUGCUGGAAUUUCCUCAAAGAGUACCACAACCGAAUCUCCGAGGACAAACUGGAAUCUGUCACACGUACUCUAUAUGCGUGUCGAAUUUCAAGCUCAGAUUCUCUUACCGUGUUCGUGGAUAAGUUCGAGAACCUUAUCCGAGAGUUCUAUCGCCUGAAGGGCGAAAUGUCUGAUGCCCAAUCAGCUCGAAUGCUCCUAGGGGCUAUUCCGUCGUUGAAAAUCUCGGGUUGA